AUGGCCGACAAGACCAUACCAUCGAACGGCACCGACCCCAUGGACGAGGCCCUGCACCGCCUCUCCAGGAAGCCCGGCGUCAAGGCCUGGAUCAUGCUCGACCGCUCGACCGGCGCCGUACUCAAAUCCAACGGCCAGAUAUCUUCCAUUCGACCUGCGAAAUCCGCAAACAGCGACACGGCGCUUCCCACUCCCACGGGGGGCUCCUUCUCUACCGACGUCACCGCCAACACCGACAACGAGUCGCAGGCGGCGCAGGAGCUCGGCAGUAUGGUCUGGGGGUUCAUGAGCACGGCUGGGAGUCUGGUACAAGAGAUAGACACAGAGGAUGAGCUCAAGCUAUUGCGCUUGCGGACGAAGAAGCAGGAACUGGUCAUUGUACCUGAGCCAAAGUACAUUCUGGUUGUUGUUCACGAUACGCCCCCAGCAUGA